AACCGAGUAAAUCGAUGGAUAUCAGUAUCGUUCUUGGGUAAAGAUCGUACAUCUGAUUAAUCGAAUUUAAAUUAGGCAAAAAGCGAAUAUCGAUAUUGCGAUAUUGUUGUUCCCCAAUUCGCGACCGUCAAUCCAUAACAUAACCACGUUAUUAUAUUAUUAAUAACAUUGUUUAUAAUUUAUAUGUAUUAAUUUUUAUAUGGAAUUCGAAAAUCAUAAACUCAAUCACGAAUUAAUUGUGACUGAAAUGAAAGAGGAGGAGAGUUUGGAUAAUUUCGCGGAAUAUAAGAAAAUACUCGACGAAUUGAAAGUUUCGUUCUUCGAAAGAUGGAAGGUUAACAAAAUCGAUAACGUUAAUCUGAACGAUUUUGAAAAAUUUCGAACAAUCGGAACCGGCGCAUUCGGCCGCGUUAUGCUCGUGAAAUAUAAAACUUCUGAUACUUACUACGCAAUGAAAAUCUUGGAUAAAUCGAAACUCGUGAAGUUGAAGCAGGUGGAUCAUACGUACAACGAAAAGAGGAUAUUGGAAUGCGUCAGAUUCCCGUUCAUCGUCUUCAUGGAAUACUGUUUCAAAGACAAUUCGUACGUGUACAUGGUUUUACCGUUUGUCAGCGGUGGAGAAAUGUUCACGCAUUUGAGACGAAUGGGAAAGUUCGAGGAAAAUCUGGCGCGUUUCUACGCCGCCCAAGUUGCCCUCGCAUUGGAAUACCUUCAUCAUUGCAGCCUGGUUUACAGAGAUUUGAAACCAGAAAAUAUUUUAAUCCAGAAUACGGGCUAUCUCAAGAUAACGGACUUUGGCUUCUGUAAAAUGAUCAACGGUAGAACUUGGACCCUUUGCGGCACUCCCGAAUAUCUCGCACCCGAGAUAAUAUUGUCGAAAGGAUACGGGAAAUCUGUCGAUUGGUGGAGUUUCGGCGUUUUGAUUUACGAGAUGAACGCCGGUUAUCCGCCAUUCUACUCGCGAGACCCGAUGAAAAUAUACGAGAAGAUCGUGGCUGGUAGAUACAAAUUCGCUCAUCACUUCGGCGAGGAAUUGAGAGACAUUUUGAAGAACAUACUGCAAGUAGAUCUUACAAAGAGAUACGGUAAUUUGAAAUCUGGUAGCAUAGAUAUCAAAAGCCAUAAAUGGUUUGAGCAGAUCAAAUGGUUAGAUUUGUACAAUCAAAAGAUAUUACCUACUUUUAUACCGAAAUGCAUCUCGCCUGACGACACUAGCAACUUCGAUUAUUACGACGAGGAACCAUUAAAAGUGGCCACGGUAGAUCGUUACGCUAAAGAAUUCGAGAAGUUUUAAUCGAGAAUGAGUGAUUUAAAGAUGUAUCGAAAAGAGAUCCUAAGAGGAAUCCUAAAGAGGAAGUAUCUUUACGGGGAGAAAAUUUUAAAGAUUCGUUCAUUAUAGUACAAUAAAGUA